GUAAAUGUCAACUUUUAUCAUAUAUUAUUCUAGCUGGAAGAGCUGUUGGAACUUCCAGCUUUGUCGGAUCGAGUAGAUAUGGGUUUCUUAACUGUUCUACUAGUUUCAGUGAUUUUUGGAAACUAUGAGUUGAUGUGCAACGCUUGCAGUCUCCUGCCUGGUGGUGCGCCAUCUUGUUUCCCGAAUGCAGUGGACUACGCCAAGCAAAAGGGGAAAAUUAAAGAAAUCACUUACGAUUUGGAGAAAACUAAAGAAUUCUACUACGAUUCAAAGAUAGCUGAUAAGACGUUUAGGAAAAUCAAACUGGGACAGCGCUGUGAUGAAACAAUUGGAACUAAAGAUGACAUCGUAGUGUGUGAACCUGAUGUUGGAGAAAAGUCAUAUUUGAACUCGUACUUUCCAAUGAUGAGGACUUUGGGAGAAAGUGGAUUUCACAAUGCUUAUCGUGUCGUAGAGUACUUUAUCAUCACGAAAAAAGAAGUAUGGAACUGCAAAAAUAAGAAUGAGCAAUCUACCACUAAAAUAGAGUUCAAGAGAGUUGUAACUGAAAUGGUGGGAAAGUCGUCUAUGCCAGAUAUCGCUUUCUACGAAGGUGUUGAUGUGAGGUUUGUGCCCAUACCUUACAAUUCCACCGAUCCCACAUCAUCGCAAGGCACAGAAAGAAUUCCAAUAGUCAGAGAAGUAAAAUAUGUUAGCACACAAUAUCAAGUCCCACCUUUCAAGUAUGAGGGAUUUAUUGAAUUUAAUAUACCGAAGAAUUUCAAACUAGAAGAUCUCAGUAUGUUUAACCAGUUAUCCGACGGCUCCAACACGUAUUUUAAGAUAUUGAAGAAUUAUGAAAGUAUGCGAUGGACCCACAAUGGCAACGUUAAUCAAGUGAGAGGUAUUGAGAAGCCUCUGAUUCUGGGAGAUUCCAAUGAAGUAGCUAUCUGUGAGUUGAAUCAGAAAGAUCCGGAACUGUAUUCACUGAAAUACUUGACGGAAUGGAACAGCUUGAGGUUCGAUCAUCACCGACCCAAUGGAGAUAGAUAUGAAACAAUACCAUUGGAGAAGAAAGAUUUCCGAAAAGGAUUUAUGGUAAUAAAACAUGAGAUUUGGAACUGUGAGACAAAAAAAGGAGGCCAAAAGUUCAUAAAAUCAGUACUGGAAUUCUUGACAAAGCUUUUCGUAGUUGACGUCAGAAUUGACAAAAAUGAUGUCAUCGACUUAUGGAAAUUCCAGAUUGAUCAAGAGUUUUACGGCAUAGCGGUUAGAGAAGUAGCCUACUACAAUGACAAGCAUGAGUUUAUAACAUAUAUGGGCUCCAUUGAAGAGAAAAAUUAUUCACCAGAUAAUAUUCCCCUGUCUGCUGUUGAGGAAAGAGAGCCAGUACCUAUAAAGGGCAAGAGGCCCAAUGUAGUCAAUUGAGGAGUGAUUCUGCAGCUCAUCGAAGAAAUUAUAGCAAGGUGUUUUAUUCAAAAAACUGCAGCAUUUGGAUAGAAGUUAUGUUUUUAAUCAUUUCUCUGUAACUUAGUAUCAAAACUUAAUUUGAAUAAAGAGAAAUAAAACUUCUUGUCAAUCAAA